UGUUACCUUGAUCAGCUAAAUGCAUGUGCCUUGGUGAGUCACCUUGUCUUGCCGACUUCCCCCGAUUCUUUAACAAUAAUCUAAUCUCCACCCGCUGCCAUUAAAGUUUUUUUUAGAAAGAGGAGAAAUCCCCAAAGUUUUACAAGUAGUAGAAAUGUUGUCUGUUUGCUUUGUGCAACUCAAACCCACAAUUCAUCCUUCUUCUCCAUUUUCACCCGAUUACAACCCAAAUUAAAGUCCCCUUGAAAAUUUAACACCCAUAAAAAUAAUCAGAUCAUGGGAAAAAGAAAUGGAGCUGGUUCAUUAUUGUCACCUCAAAACCUUCAAUGGGGUUGCGUAAUUGCUUCAGCAGUUUUACUAAUCGCAAAUGGAACUCUAAUUCAUAAAUCAUUUCUUGUUCCUCUGUUUAUUUUACAAGCACCUGAAGAGAUUUUCACUUGGAUCAAGGGUGAAAAUGGUGUUUGGGCAGUUUUCUUGGCCCUUGCCUUUAAACUGUUUUACAUCUUUCCAAAAGAACUGGAACUACCCCUUUAUGCCAUGUUGUUCGUAAUUGCUUCUCCUCAAAAAGUAGUUAAACUGAGAGGAACCCAAACUGGUUCUAUAGUUUCUUUGUUGAUUGCAGGGUUUUUGGCUUUUCACCAUUUCUCAGGGAUGGGGAUUGAAAUUUUACAGAAAGGGUUUCAGCAAGGUUCUAUUCUUGCUACUGUUUGUAUUAUUUGUAUCAAUCUUGCUCCGUUGAUGAUUUUGAUUGGAUCGAAGUUAUGAAUCGGUGGAUGAAUCUAUGACGAAACAGAUUUUAGGGAGAAAAUUGGGACUUGUGUCUAAUAUUUUUUUAUGUGAUUUUCUUUUUGAAUUUGUAGUACAGGUAUAUUAGGAUAUGUAAUGGUAAUGGUAGAUGUCAUGUUUGUAAUACCGCCAACCAUGAUGCAUACAGUUUGGAACGAGGGGAAUACUAGUACAAAGUUCUAACUUCCAAAAUUUCUAGUCCAUAAUAAAAGUCAAGAUGAUAAAUGUUAUUGAAUCUUAGUCGUUAAUCAAAUUCAU